AUGGAUAAGAGCAGUGGACAAUGCCAAUGGUGUGCUUUGAGUUACGUCUGGGGCGGCGAUGUGCCCUUGAAGACUACCAAAGCAACACAGUUUAUUCACAAGGAGCGUAUCCCCAUCGACAAUCUUCCUCAAACCAUGAAAGAUGCGGUUGAUGUUUGCCGAGGCAUAGGCAUUCGGUACCUAUGGAUCGAUGCCCUCUGCAUUAUACAAGACGACCAAGAAGAUCUCCGUGAAGAACUCAACCAUAUGCCCGAGGUCUACCAGUACGCCACACUCACGAUAUGCGCAGCGUCAUCAACCAGCAUUUACGACGGUUUCUUAUACCGACGUGGAUAUUGGACUCACGGUUGCCGCCCGAUGAAUCUUCGCGUUGCGGCCGACUGCAGUGAGAGUUUCAUCUUGUUUGUCUAUAUGCAUCUGGCUUUCGGCGUGUUUGAUCUCCGCAAAGACCCUAUUUUUAAGCGAGCGUGGACGUAUCAGGAGUAUGUGCUCUCACCACACAUAUUGAGUUAUCGGACUCACCAUCUGGAGUGGAAGUGCAGGACGCACACUGAGCUUGUUGGUACCCCCGAGUUUGAGUUACCGAUCACCAAGACGUCCAUGACAAGCGAAAAAAUUGAUGGAUGCGAGAAGGGGCAACAGAAAGUAUUGAUGACCAACCUUAGCACAUACAGGUUGUCGUCGUCAACGUCAUGGAACGACGUGGUUCAGGAAUAUACCACAAGAGCAGCAUCCUUGGCCUCGGAUAAAUUGCGCGCUCUCUCCGCCGUCGCGCGGGUCUAUCGCUUCGAAACAGGGAAGGAGUACUUAGCAGGCCUUUGGAAAGAAGACAUCCCAAUCGCGCUCUGUUGGGGUAAUGGUCCCGUUGGUCCACAACUAAGGCGUGAGUAUGGGCCUUUUCUCACCUCUCGACGGCCUAGAGAGUACCGAGCGCCCUCUUGGUCAUGGGCAUCAAUCGACACGCCGGUGCACUACUGGCAUGAACACUUCGGCGUGCCAAUGAAGAUGCGUAACCUACAGGUCCUGAGUACUGGCGUCACACCAACAUACCCAGAUGGAGAAUUUGACUCGAUUGCCUCGGCCUUCCUGGCUCUCCACGGCUUCGUUCGGGCCGUACCCCUAAAGACACCUAUUGAGUUACAAAAAUUCAGGACGAAAGAUCCCUCGCAUAGCGCGUCAUCCAUUUGGAUUGAUGAAGUCCGCACCAGCGUCUAUCCGGACGCCUUUGAAAGUCAACAUGAAACUCUGGAUACUUUAUGGUUGUUGCUACUGGCUGAUCGUGUUCGGGAUCACUUGAAAGUCUGGACUCCUGCCAAGUUCUUGGGUUCUUUUGAGGAACGGACUAUUACUCUCAUUUGA